AUGGCUCUGACAGCCACCGUAACGCAGGCCCAGACCAUAUUGAUCAACCCGGCUGCGGAGGGCGGAUUUGAAAGCGGCACCACCUAUACGGCCAAUGGAUGGAGUGUGGUUAACUAUGCGGCUGCCACACGAAAUAACUGGGUGCUGGGCACCGCUGCACCCACGGGUUAUUCCGGUUCAAGAGCGGGAUAUAUCUCUAAUAACAGUGCAGCAACACCACCACCUUAUGCUUACGACAACGCGACCAGCGCUACCGUUCAUUUAUACCGGGAUGUAGUCUUCCCGGCAGGUGAAACACUCAUUAACUUUUCUUUCAGUGAAAUACAGACAGGCGAAACCGGCUGGGACCGGAUGCUUGUCUUCAUCUCCAAUGCUGCACCUACCGGUACGCCCGCUACUGGUACGCCAUCUUCUAAUACCGCCACGCUUACCGGUUAUACCCUGCUGGCCACAACGUCUGCAUAUAGUGCCUGGACAACGGUAAAUGUACCGAUAACGGCUGCACAGGCAGCCGUUGCCAAUCAGCAGGGAUGCCGUUCUGCAGUUUCCAAUAAUUCCGUGGUUACCGUUAACCCGGUUCCAUCUGCUGCAAUUUCCUAUACAGGCCCUGUUAGCUUUUGCCAGGGAGCCAACCUUACUUUGUCUACACCAACCGGUACCGGCCUGACCUAUGUAUGGCGGCGCGAUGGCAAUCCGAUUGUAGGUGCUACGUCUGCAACAUAUACCGCUGACAGCACCGGUGCCUAUACCGUUACGGUCACUAAUAGCUCUACUUGUAGUACAACUACUGCAACCCCUGUGAACAUAACCGUGGUGCCUGCACCCGCUGCAACCAUCACGGCUUCCGGUACUACCAGUUUCUGCGUUGGCGGAUCGGUAGUAUUGUCGGCACCUGUGGCACCUGCCGGUGUUACUUAUACAUAUGUUUGGAGAGAUAAUAAUGUGGCGGUUGCCGGCCAGACGGCACAAACAUUUACGGUGAACUCUUCACGGAAUGUUACCGUUACCGUAACCAAUACCACUACCAACUGCAGUGCCACAACGCCUGUUGCAACGGUAGUAACCGUAGGGCCGCCACCACCAGCACCUAUUUCUUCAGCACUUACGCCUGCAGUGGUCUGUGCCGGGCAAAGUGUACGCCUGCGUACCAAUAAUGCCGGAGGGCUCAGUUACCAAUGGAAGUUGGGUGGGGUAGAUGUUGCCGGUGCCAUCGAUUCUUUUCUGGAUGCAACAGCAGCCGGUAAUUAUACCGUUGUUGUAAGUGCCGGCGGACCUACUUGUGCUUCUACCUCUGCGGUAUUGCCGGUAACGGUGAAUGCGCUGCCCAAUGCGGCGAUCACGGCAUCCGGUGCACCAACGGUCUUCUGCCAGGGGGGAAGCGUG